GUUGCUCUCUCAUUUUUACGAGAUUUGAUCUGUAAUUGAAGCAAUUAGAUAACAUUAAUAAUUCAGACAAUGGCAACAGUAUCAUAUUUAUGUCGCUGUUAUUUGUAAACUUUUUAAUACACGAAAAUGCGUUUUGGAAUCCAGUAUUUGACGGCCCUGAUUAUCACAGCGUCUGCCCUAGAGGUGAACCAAAAUCCGUUCCCCGAGCACUUCAAACUUGGAGUAUCCACGUCGGCUUACCAAAUAGAAGGGGCAUGGAACGAAGAUGGAAAAGGGUCCAGUAUUUGGGACGAUUUUGCCCAUGAGUAUCCAGAGCUGAUCCAAGAUGGUUCAAAUGGAGACAUUGCAUGCGACUCGUAUCAUCGCUACAAAGAAGACGUGGCUCUGCUUAAAGAGUUGGGGGUGCAGUUGUAUAGAUUUUCCAUUUCAUGGCCCAGAAUUCUGCCCAAUGGCACUUCCAAUAAUAUCAAUGAGGCCGGCAUCGAAUAUUACACAAACUUACUGAAGCUUCUACAAGAAAACGGUAUAGAGCCGAUCGUGACCCUCUAUCAUGCAGAUCUUCCAUCAGUGUUUCAAGAAAUGGGUGGAUGGGAUAAUCCGGAGAUUGUAAAUUAUUUUGGCGAUUAUGUGCGACUGUGCUUCCUCCGUUUUGGGCAAUACGUGAAAUACUGGGUGACCAUCAAUGAACCCAUUAGUACAUGCGACAUAGGAUACCCAUAUUCGACGGGUUAUUUGGUUUUGAGUGAAAGCGUCUAUUUAUGCGCCUACACCAACAUGAAAGCACAUGCCCUGGCUUAUCACAUUUACCAAGAUGAAUUUCAAAAAGAACAGCAAGGUAAAAUUUCACUUUCAUCGUCCGUCACUUGGUAUGAGCCAGCAUCGAACAGUACCGAUGACCAAGAAGCUCAGGAUCUGGCACUGCAAUUUUCACUGGGAUUAUUCGCUCAUCCGAUUUUCGUGGGAAAUUGGCCGCAAGUCGUAAUCGAUAGAGUUGGAAACCGCAGUGCAUUGGAGGGCCUGCCACAAUCCAGACUACCAGAAUUCACUCGAGAAGAAAUCGACUACAUCAAGGGAACAUACGAUUGGUUUGGCCUGAACUAUUACACAACUGCUCUUGCCCAAUUAGCAUACAAAGUAGAUGAUCUGCCGGGUAAUGCCAGCUAUGAUAUAGACAAGGGGCACAUUAGCUUAGUGGAUGCUACUUGGAAAGUCUCCGGCACGACCAGCUGGCUGCAUCAAGUCCCUUGGGGAUUGACCAGGCUCUUAAAAUGGAUACACGAGAACUACAAUCAACCGGAAAUCAUUAUCACAGAAAAUGGUUGGUCAGACGAUGGCUCCAACUUGAACGACUCAGACCGCAUUGAAUACGUUAAUCUACAUCUAUCCAGUGUGCUUGACGCAAUUUACAACCACAAUGUAGCGGUUACAGGGUACACUCAGUGGAGUUUUAUGGAUAACUUUGAAUGGUCCAACGGCUAUACGGCCAAAUUUGGAGCGAUCUCGGUAGACUUUGCCAAUGAAAACCGAACCAGAACACCAAAAGCAUCUUUCUACUGGUACCAAAAAGUUAUCAAAAACCGGUGCUUAAAUGAGACGUUUGAUGGCGAUGUUUCGGCGGUGGCCACCCGAACUCCGCUCCUUUAUGUUGUUUCAACCGCUCUUAUAAUAUUGAAAAUGCUGUAUUAACUUACCGCUGAACUUUCCCCAUUUCCGCUGUUCCCCAUGUGAAUACCUGCAAUAAAAGAAAUAGAAUUUUAA